ACGUCAACAGCGCGUGGGGUUACGUGUGAAAGCACUUCAGACCGAAAACCUCCUCCCAAAUGAAUCCAGACUGAAUAGAUUUUACAAUGAUUGAAGUUUCGAUACCUUCAAUGGAGCUAGAGGAGGAUGACGCGGGAAAGACCAAAAAGCUGUUCAGGGUGGAAGUCUUGUUCAAUGAGAGAAAACAUUUCGUUCUGAGGAAGAAUGGCGAGUUCCAGACUCUGCACAGAAAACUGAGAAAGGUGAUCCAGACUCCAGAUUUCCCGAGUAAAAGAAACCAACAUUUAAGAACCAAACCUGUAGAGCAGAGAAGACAGGAGCUGGAGGACUAUAUACAGGACAUAAUUUAUCAGAACAAAGACGUGCCCCAGGUUUUAUUGGACUUCCUCCAUCUCAAACACUUUCACACAGGGACAAAGGCCUACAGCAUGGAAUCUCUUGACGACCUUGACAGUCAUGAUGGCAGUUAUCAGUUACCACACCACCGCGCUCUGGGAUUCUACCGUGAUCCAUACCUCUCCGAUUACACCUCAGGCCUGCCUGAUGUAGUGGUGGAUGGCGUUUUACAAGGAUUUUACACCCGUGAAGUCAGAGUCAGUUUCAGAGACCCCACUCCACCACUGCUUUAAUGUAGAAGAAAUAUGUUUUAUAUUUCGAUUUAAAUAUGUUUUUUGAAACUGCUUUUAAAAUGGACUGCUUUUAGUUUUUAGUUUUGUAGCAUGUUUUUCAUCUGGAACUUUAGCUUUAGACGUACACAAAACUUGAACUACCGGUAAUCAGUGAUAACAUUAUGCGAACAGACAGGCGAACAGACAGGCGAACAGACAGGCGAA